AUGGUUAAAAGAGAAAAUCUUGAGGAUAGUCCUGGGUAUCGUGAUGCAUUGUGUUCUUCGGAGCCUGGCCCAUCGUCCGCGACUGGAGAAGAACUUGACGAUUCCUCCCCGAAAACUGACAGCGAUGAAAGUUUUUCCAUCACAGAUACUUAUGUCGAUAAUCAGAAGAAUCUGAUUGUUGAAAAGAUUGUCGUCUUUAUGGCGCAGUGGUUGCGUCUAAAGUUAGACGCAUGGCGUAGGAAUGCUGGGGACAAUCCAAAAAACGCACCGAGGACAUCAGAGGCACUGUCGGGCUCAUAUGUCCUCACUGAUCCAUCUGACACUAUUAAUUGUGGGAAUAAGAAGAGAAACGCAACGGAAAGGGACGGUUGCGAGACAGACGACGAGGGCGAGGAUGAAAACAGGGAAGAUCAGGGGAUCAGCGGCAUGUCCAUCCAACACGAGAAUCCGAAGUACGCUUGCCCGUACUUCAAGUACAAUCCGUCUAAAUAUCAAGACUGGAGGACAUGCCCAGGGCCUGGCUGGAAUGACGUCCAUCGAGUAAAGGAGCAUCUUUAUCGACGUCAUAAGCAACCCCAAUAUCGCUGCGCUCGCUGCUGGCAACCCUUCACGGAUCAGCAAGGCCUGACGCACCACCAGAGAGCCAAUGAACCAUGUCCCCUGCGAGAAAUGGGAUAUGUUGAGGGUUUUGAUGCAACGCAAGAAAGAAACCUGAGAUCACGAAAGCGAGCUAACCAAAAGCAUUCAGAGACCGAGAAGUGGAGGCGAGUCUUCAAAAUUCUAUUUCCGCACGUGCUUGAUGAUGAUAUCCCCUCUCCAUUUUAUGACUACAGCCAAGCGCCACAGAAGGACGAUGCCUGCCGACACUCUGAAUCGGGAUCCAUGGGGCAGUGUGAACAGUAUAUGUUGAGAGAAGUGCCGCAGCGUCUUCGACAAGUUUUGGGGAGGGAGUUAGAUCGAGACCUGACCAUUGUAGAGGAAAACCUGAGGCGAAGAGCUGGUGACUGUGUCAGGACUCUAAUCGAGGAGGCCUUCCAAGAAUUGAGGCGCCUGGGCAGCCCAGGUCAAGGGCCUGAAGCUAACCACGAUAUACCUGCACUGGCUGAAGGACCUCAGCUUCUUGUUUCUGAGCUGCCUAGUGGUGAGGAUGCUAACCCGCAUUUUGAGGGAGAGGGUGAAACGUGGCCAAUCAAUUUCGACUUGGACUUUUUUGAUCCGUCCUCUAUCCUUGAAGAGCUGCAAUUCUCAUUUGAUAAUGGUGCUUUGAUUGAAGAUCUAUUAAGGCCUGGGGAGGAUGGUGCUGGCGAGGCAACGAAACAGUCUGAUUCUGGAUAUGUAUCAAAUAGUCCCGGAUAG